AUGGCGCCCUCGCAGCGCCCGCUGCUGCCGAUGCUCCUCCUGCUGCUGCCGCUGCGCCCGCCGCCGCCCUUCGCGCGCGCCCAGGACGCCGCCCGCGCCAACUCGGACCGCUACGCCGUCUACUGGAACCGCAGCAACCCCAGGUUCCACGCGGGCGCGGCGGACGACGGCGGGGGCUACACGGUAGAGGUGAGCAUCAACGACUACCUGGACAUCUACUGCCCGCACUACGGGGCGCCGCUGCCGCCGGCCGAGCGCAUGGAGCACUACGUGCUCUACAUGGUCAACGGCGAGGGCCACGCCUCCUGCGACCACCGGCAGCGCGGCUUCAAGCGCUGGGAGUGCAACCGGCCCGCAGCGCCCGGGGGGCCGCUCAAGUUCUCCGAGAAGUUCCAGCUCUUCACGCCCUUCUCCCUGGGCUUCGAGUUCCGCCCCGGCCACGAAUACUACUACAUCUCUGCCACACCACCCAAUGCUGUGGACCGACCCUGCCUGAGGCUGAAGGUCUAUGUUCGGCCGACUAACGAGACCCUGUACGAGGCCCCUGAGCCCAUCUUCACCAGCAAUAACUCAUGCAGCGGCUUGGGCAGCUGUCGGCUCGUCCUCAGCACCGUCCCUGUGCUGUGGACCCUCCUGGGCUCCUAGUCCCGGCCCACCUGGACGCCCCGCCUAGAGACCAGAUAGAGACUCCAAUUCUCCCAUGACUGAGGCUGCCCCUGCCAGGCGGGGGGGCUGUCCACCGCCCCAGGGCCAGCCCUGGGGGUGUGUGGCUGAGGACCCCGAGGCCCGAGAGGCCGGGUAGCUGGCCAGCUCUUCUAGAGUUCUGGAGAACCCAAGAACCUCUUGGCAGUGUUGUUCUUUUAUGGCAGAAUCAGAAAGACUUGAGUUUUUAAUUUAAUUUAUUCCUUGCUGUUGCCGGUGACUUUGGGAAGGAAACAGAAUAGACAGGGCGGGGCGGGGGGUGGGGGGAACAUGGCCCCCUGGGGCACGGGCCUCAGGAGACGCCUGGUCUGCUCACUCCAUUUGUUGGGUCCAGGCUGGAGCCCACCCUGGACCUCCUACGCACCCUUGGGACAGGCCACUCUGAGACGGAAGGGGUGAGUGGUGAGUGCCCCGCAGGCCCCGGUCCAGGAAUCGGAGCCUGCCUCAGACCCCUGUGCCCUGCCCCACCCUCCUUGCUCCUGAUGAUCCUUUCCCAGAGUGGAAAUCUGGGAUGUUUCACCGGGGGGCCCCUUCAGAGUCACAGCCCCCCCGAGUCUUAGAACUGCUUGCCGUGCCCCCCAGCCUCACCUGAUCACCCCUGAGGCCAAGAAGACAUGACAUUUCUGUAAAUAGAGCAAGUAUAUACUGUGAUUUAUUUUUACUGUAUUCCUAAGGACGGCCUGGAAAGUUCCUUUUUUCUCACCCCUUCUUGGGAGAGGGGCACUUUUUUUUCUUUUUUUGGCGGGGGUGGGGGGGCGGGGGGACUUUUUAGAGUAGAAGCCACACUUCGCAAUAAGCUGGAUUGUCUGUCGGAGCCCCUCCCCCUACUCUAGGACCUAAUGAUGUUUAUAAGAGAAAACAGGACAAAGCAGAAUGUGGGGGCCACCCCCGCAAAAGGACACCCCCCCGACACUUUAAAGAAGCAAACAGCAUUUAUAUGGAUUUCAUAUUUCUACCCGCCUUUCCUGAUCUGUGUUUAUAUAUUAUAUAUACGUAUAUGUCGUGCGGCCACCAUGAGGCUCAGGCACGCCGGGUGGGCUUUCGUAGGGCAGCGCGGGCUCCCCGCUCCGUUACGAUCAACUUUGGAUUCUGUAUUUUUUUAUAAUAAAACAAGCAUA